CCUUCCACGCCAAGAAAAUAUACAAUUAGAGAUAUAUGCAGAAGAUUAUCGUACUUUGAACUUGCACAAGCUACUGGUGGAUUUAGCCAAUGCAAUUUGAUCGGGUCUGGGAGUUACAGUUCUGUAUACAAAGGAGUUCUUGCCAACGGAAUGGUUUUAGCUGUUAAAGUUUUCAAAUUGCAGUUAGAAGGCACUUUCAGUAGCUUCUACACAGAAUGUGAAGUACUACGUAGCCUCAGACAUCGAAAUCUCACCAAAGUCAUCACUAGUUGUUCUAACCCUGAUUUUAAGGCAUUGGUGCUUGAAUACAUGUCCAAUGGGAGCCUUGAAGAAUGGUUGCAUUCAAAUGACAAUUUCUUAAAUGACAUUCAGAGAUUGGAUAUUAUGAUAGAUGUAGCGAAUGCGUUAGAGUACCUCCAUCAUGGCUACUCCACUCCCGUGGUCCACUGUGAUAUUAAACCUAGUAACAUCUUACUAGAUGAGGAUAUGACUGCCCAUGUGACUGACUUUGGAGUGUCAAAAUUACUAAGCGAAGGAGAGAGCAUUUCUCAUACAAAGACCCUGGCAACUUCAUUGCACCAGGUAAUGGUUUUAUUUUUCGUUUCUGCAGUUUGACCAAAAAAAAAAAAAAAAAAAAAAAAAACGAAGCUAGUUCUAGAACUUUUAUUACAGGAGCAUUUUGAAAUCUUAUUUGGAAUUGAGGCAGAGUUAAUAUUAUUGUUUUGCAUUUUGGAAUCUUAUUUCUAUAGAGUAUGGACUGCAAGGAGUGGUAUCAACGAAAUCUGAUGUUUAUAGCUUUGGAAUAUUGUUGAUGGAAACUUUUACAAGAAGAAGGCCAAGCAGCGACAUGUUUUCUGGAGACUCGACUCUAAAGUACUGGAUAAGUGGUUCAAUGCCCAGUGACCUAAUUAAGGUCAUUGAUCCUGACUUGCUAAGCGAAGACGAAAAACAUCUCAUGGAGAAGCUAAAAGUGUUUUCAUCUAUCAUGGAAUUGGCUCUGCAUUGUUGUGCAGAAUCACCCGGUGAGAGAAUCAACAUGACAGAUGCUCGUGUGACUCUUGAAAAAGUCAAACUUCAGUUUAUGCAAGUUGGACAAGGGCCUACUGAAUGAACACAAGAUGCAUUCUAGUUUGAUCUGUUGCCUUUUAGAUUAAUGACUAUUCUACUAUUACCCCCUUCAAUUAUAACAUCAAAUGCUCAUAGCUUAGUGGUA